AUGGACUGCGUCUGGAAGAUCAUUGAACCCCUGGUUAACAAACUCAAGGAAGCAACUAUUGAUGAAAUCAAGUUUCAAUGGGGGUUCAAUGAUGAAAUUAAAAAGCUCACGAAUAAACUUGGAGAGAUGAAAAAAUUGACUUUCAAUCCAAGGCCAAAUACCACUCUGGCUAAAGUGGAAGAAGCCAGACACGCAGCAUUCGACAUCGAAGAUGUUUUAGAAGAGUUCGAACUUCUGGAGUCCAACAAGCCAAGCAACUUCUGUGAAGUCAACAACAUCGGGGCUUUCAUGCACUAUUUCAUCAAGACGGCAAAGCUUCGCUUUCAGUUCCAUCAGAAGGUCAAAAGCAUAGAGCAAGAGCAAGAGCUGGUUCUACAAGGGGAGGGCCAAACCGCAGCUGAGGAAGAGGAAGAUAGCAGUCCUCCAGUUGGUCACUACCAACGUGGCGAGAACGUACAUAUAGUUGGGAUGGACACAGAAUUUGUUGAGCUACUAGAUCUUGUUGAGCGGCCGAGGAAUUAUAUGCGGGUGAUCACGGUGUGGGGGCCUGGUGGAUCAGGGAAGACGACUCUUGUCAAUAAAGUUUUUGAAAGAGUUAAGAUGAAUAGUGAAAUCAAAUGCUGUGCUUGGGUCUCCGUGAAUCAAUCCUCUCCAAUUGAGGUUUUGAGGUCAAUGGUGAAGGAAAUAUCCAGAGCCAUUGGUAAACCGGUCCCAAAAGUCGAGGAGCUUCUCGGUUUGAGCGAGAAUGAGCUCCGACAGCGUAUAGGCGAUGACUUGAAGAAGAAAAGGUAUGUCCUCAUCCUUGAUGAUGUUUGGAAGCCUGAAACUACUGAAUAUAUUGCACCACUUCCGGCAAAUAAUAUGUCCUCUGUUAUCGUUACCAGUCGUCAGGGAGAUAUAGCUGUUAAGUUUAUCAUUCAGCUCGGGUAUGGGGUUGGGUCUCCCGAUGUUAAGUUAAAUCCAUUAAAUCCCGAGUUAUCUUGGGAUUUAUUCUGUAAAGCGGCUUUCUUGAAUAACACCCCUCCAGGAAGCUGUCCCAACAAUUCGAUUGAAAGAAUUGGACGAGAACUCGUGGCCAGAUGCAAUGGUUUACCUCUUGCAAUUUUAACCAUUGGCAAGUUGAUGUCAACCAAAGGUGAUGAUUCGCGAAAAUGGGAUAAGUCUGUUCGCAUUAGCAUCCAUAAAUUGAUACGUCUGUGGAUAGCUGAGGGCUUCGUCAAGAACGAUGAUCGACAAACACCAGAAGCCAUUGCAAGAGGUUACUUCGAUGAGCUCAUAAACAGAAGCAUGUUACAAUUCAGGUACGAGUCUAAAAGUUUCCAAAUGCAUGACCUCUUGCGUGAAGUUUCUGUUCACAUGAUGGCAAAGGAGAAUUUCGGAAAAUCACUCCACCAAAACACUCUGGUAGAAGAUGAGAGGCGUUUGGCAAUUCAUGUAAAAGCACCCAACGUGCAACUUGACACUGACAAGUUAAAGCUACGUUCACUUGUAGCAGGUAGCGGUGUCAUGUUUUACUCAUCAUUGUCUCAAAUGUUACAGAACAUCAAAUUGAUAAGGACUUUGGACCUAGAAGGUGCUUGUGUGAUAUAUGUACCUGAUGAAGUGGGGGAUUUAAUUCAUUUGAGAUAUUUGAGUUUGAGAUGGAGUAAACUGAUCGAAGAUCUUCCAGAUUCUAUAAAGAAACUUCGCCACCUGCAAACGUUGGACAUUCUGAGGUACUCAAAGGGAUGUUGUUCCUGGGAUAGCAGAGCUGAAGCAAUUGAGACAUCUUCUCAUUGGAGAGUAUAA